GACGGGCACAAGCAAAGCGGCAACGUCGGCAGAACUACUUUGUUUAUGCGUUGCGCCGUAUGGAACAGCCAAGUCGCGCGUAAACUCACUGACAUAAAAACUUCCUUUAGUUUUCCAUUAUAUCUAGUGGUGGUAUAUUCGAGUGUUGGCACGAAGUUGUUUUUAGCUGAAGAUGUUUGAUCUUUUCCUUUAUGUAAAUUAAUUUUAUGUGUGCCAUUAUGUUGCUGAAAAAGAAAACAAAAGUGGCAGAGCUGAGAGAGUCUGGUGGGAUGACAGAAGAGAGAAAAACUAAAGUGCAUGCACAACGAAAAUUUGCUCAAGGAAGUCCAAGUUUUACCCUUUUAAAAGACAGAGAAAAGGAAAGUGGAUCAACAUACCAAACAAAUCAAUCAACUGCACCUGGUUCUACAUAUAAUGACCCAGCAAAUUAUGUUGUUCCGGACGUUUGCCCGAAGACUGAAGAUUUUUUAGAAUUUUUGUGUUUUCGAAGUUGCCCAAAUUUUCUUCCAAGUUCCUUAAACUAUUUUGGGGAUCCUGUACAUCACAAUUUCCCUAAUGGAGUUCCCUCUUCAGAGCCUGUCAUUCCAUCUGGAAGCACAAUUACCAAGCAAGAAAUUUGCAGCAAAGUUGAUCUGAAACAGGCAGAAGCCAAACUGCCAAUGGCUUCCAAAUCAAAGCCACUUAAACAAACAUCACAAGUAAAGAAAAUACCUAAUGUUAAUCAAACAAAAAUCUCAGUUGGCCGGAUUCAUUCCAGCUUUCGCAAAACUAUCGUCAAUUCCGGAAUAAUGACUCGUAUGGGUCUUAUGAAAUCUUGCACAGAUCUUUCGGCUUCCAAAACCUCGAGAAACCUAACUCAUAAAAAUAAAAAGGUUCGUAAAGCAAGUCCCUUGCCGAAGAGAGUAUCCACCCGUUCGCAGUUACGAAAUGCAAAAUUUCAGUCCAGUUCGAGUUCAGCGUCAUCUAACGGCGAUUCAGAUUCGGAUGCAGAAAGCUCAGAUGGGCCAACUCCAUCUUCUGCUACUGUGAAAAAAAGAAAACUGUCGCAAAACAAUCGUACCUUAUCCGCCAAGAAAAUAACUUCAAACUUAGAACCUGUGACAAUGAAAACUCGAAUCCGUAACAAGGCGGAGAAUCCCAGCGUCCCCGUGAGCAAAAAUACUCGUCAGUCUUUAAAAACUGUGGUAGCAUCUAAUCAUCCGCCAAAAAAAGCUUCCAAAGACCCUGCUAAAGCCGAAUCUGUUCACUUACAACGAAAGCCAUUGGAUUCGGAAUCGAAACGCUCUUCUGUUAACGAGAAGUCAAAAGUCUCAUCUAUCAAAGAAAAUUCGAAAACAACGAUGUUGAGGGAAAAAAACAAAAACUUGGUAUCGGAUUCUGACACAGUUAAAUCGACUGUAGCAGCAAAACAGACUCGAGAAUCAUCUAAAAGACUCAAAAGCCCCCCAGUCGUUGCUUCCCCAACGCGACGUCCAUCACGACGAACUAAAGAAGCUGCCACAUUCUUUAUGACGCUUAUCGGUCAGGAAGAAGAAUUUUAUUCAUCCGAAUUAGACGAUCACAAUAUACUUCAAUGUUUGGAAGACGAACAGAAAUCACCCCCUAAGAAGAAAAGUCGGAUUCCUGUUGAACGCAAUUCGAAACCGCACCCGUCGCCAUCUCCUGUUGUUCGAGGAAAAAGAAACAGUGCUGAAUUGUCAAGCAGUCGUGCAAAACGUCGAUCAACUAUCUUGCAAGAAGCAGCCAAACGUUUCACAGAAUCGCAGAGCUCCAGCGACAGUUCAGAUUCUGAAAAGGACGAUUCAUCAUCCUCACUCUCUUCUUCUUUGCGCUCUUUAUCUUCUUCGUCAAGCGAAGACGAUGCACCUGUUCGCAGUAUAAGAACGCGAUCAUUUGAUCCUACUCGUUGUACCAAAACUUCGUCUAGCAAAACAAAGAAAGAUGACACUCGCGGUGCACGAGCAAUUAUGACGAGGAAGAAAUCAUUGAGCCAAGCGCAAGAAACAAAUACAAAAAAGCCAGCGCGAUUGGAAACCAAAAAUACUAAAUCCACCAACAUAGUAAAAUCGGAGGCCAACACCCGCAAGCGACCUACCAAUAUCAAGAGGACGGUGGAAACUCCCCCAUUAAAUUAUGACCUGAGUUCGUUGAUCGAUGCACCCGUUUUCCAUCCGGACGAAAAAGAGUUUAAUGACCCCAUCGAAUAUUUAGAGAAAAUUCAAAAUGAAUGUGAACGCUUUGGCAUCUGCCGCAUAGUUCCUCCAGCUUCAUUCAAACCCGAGUGCCAAGUAGCAGAUGGAAUGCGUUUCACUGCCAACAACCAAUAUGUUCAUCGAAUGUUUCGCCGGAGAGGCACAAACUCGUGUAUUUUAGAAGCCAUUCACCGUCAUCUUAGAGAACUCAACAUAGAUUACCAACCGCCCCCUUGCAUUGGUGGCAUCGAAGUAGAUCUCCCUGGCCUCUAUGAAGCUGUCCAAGAUUUAGGAGGUCCAGGACACGUCCUCGAGAACGAUUUGUGGUCUAAAGUUGCAGAGACAUUGAAAAUUCCUCAAGGUGCCCACGAUCGUUUUUCAAAAUUGGACUCUAUCUAUUGCAAGUACCUGCUCCCUUAUGCGACUCUAUCGGACGAAGAGCGCAAAAAACUAAUGCACAAGAUUGAAUCCCAGAAGAACCGACAUUUAACUGAUGACGAAGAUGAAAACGAAUGCGUCGUUAAGGGCAGCAGUAUGUCACUGAGUACGUUUUAUCGUAUUGCGCGCAAUACUUUAUCGAUUUGGUUUCCCAAUGCUAAUUCAUCAGCCACUGAUGCAUCUGAUUUAGAACCAGCGCAGGUGGAAGCCGCUUAUUGGAAGCUAGUCACAAGACGUGCUGCACAUGUGUGUGUCCAUUCUGGUAACAUCGAUUCAGGCCAGUCUGGUUAUGGAUUUCCUUGCAACAAGACAUCUAGACAUCCAUGGAACUUAAAAGUGUUAACCAACAAUAAUGGAUCGGUUUUACGCAGUCUUGGUCCCGUUCCGGGUUGCACUGUUCCCACGCUACACGUCAGUAUGCUUUUCAGUGCCUCGUGUUGGUACCGUGACCCUCAUGGCCUUCCAUGGAUUGAUUAUUUGCACACUGGGGCAGAUAAAAUAUGGUACGGAGUGCCUUCACUACAGGAAUCUGUUUUACAUCAAGCCAUGAAUAAGCUUGUUCCGGAUCUCGUAAAGGGUGACAAAUCCGUCUGGUUGUCUUCAGAUACUGUCAUGGUUCCUCCUACGAUGUUAGCCGAUCAGAAAGUCAGCCUGAGUCGCACCAUACAAAAGUCUGGCCAGUUUGUUGUCGUAUGGCCACGCGCGUUUACUUCUUCGCUGUCUACAGGUUAUAGCGUUUCGGAAAGCGUCUGCUUCGCUCCUAUGGAUUGGCUUUCUAUUGGGGACGCUUGUUUCAAAGAACUUAGAAUCAACAACGAACCCACUGUUUUCUCUUUGCAGCAGUUACUUUGGAGUAUCGCUCAUGACACUCGCUCAACUGUCAACGUCUUGAAACGUGUCCUACCCAUAUUGAAACCGGACAUUGACGAGGAAAUUCAACUGCGAUCCAGUCUAAGAGACUUUGGUGUUCAGCAGUGGCGGAAGUUGCCAGUUACGACUGAGUCGAGCUCAAAAGAUGGGAAAAAGCGACGGCAGACUUCUGUCACUGAUGACGGUGAAAUGGAGUGUGAAAUAUGCCAAGCUAGUCUCUUCUUUUCGCGAGCUGAAUGCCAUUCCAAAGCAGAUUCACCUGUAACUUGGUGUCUAAUGCAUGCUCUUAAGAAAAUCAAAGACCACCCUCGAGUCACACAACAUAUUAGGGUGUUUUACGUUCACGAUGAAGCAGAGCUUCGUAAAACAGUGCAAAGUCUGCAAGAUCACGUAAAAAGUAAAGCCUUGCGAAGGGCGCCGGUGCAUCACCGAAGCUCGACUUUGUAAUGAAAACAAGCUCCAGAAUAGAUUUUAUGGAUUCAUUAAUCAAACUUUCAAGCAAUUGGUUUACAAAUUACAGUUGCCAAGUGUGUAAGUAUUUAACCUCAGGAAUUUGAAAACAGAAACUCGUUUGUAAUAAUUUCCUUGACAUGUGUAACUAGGUUUUUAAUAAAAAAACAACCGUGGAAAUCGAAGAGCAA